AUUAAAAUAGUGUACUGCUGAUUCGCCGACGGCGUAGAAGACGAUGCGAGUGUUGUCGUAGCCUAUGAUGAAGUCUCUCUAUCACUCGUUUUCUCUUACUUCCCGCCACCAGAUCCUCCUUCGGAUGUACUCUCCGUCGGCGAGGAAGAUAAUGAGUUCUUCUUCUUCUUCUUCUACUCACCCUCCGAUUCGAAAGACGCCACAGACUACAUCGUUUGAAUCACUCAAUAAUUAUGACGAGCAAUUUCCACCACUUACUGGCGGCUCUAAGAAGAAGAAGGUUUCACCAACAAGUGAGGUUGAUCUUGGUUCUACCAAACCUUCUAGUUCAUGUAAAAGUUCACAGUUUCAAAAUUGGACAAGGGGUAAGCAUAGGGAUCAAGGUACGAGGAGGAGACGGGCUUCACUGUUUAUAGAUGAAGAAGUGAAUGGGACAACUUUUGAGGUUGGCGCUGGUACUGCUGGCUCACAAACAAGUGUUGUUGAGCUUGAUUCUAUCAACCCUUCUUCUCCGGGUAAGAGUUCACAAUCUCAUAAUUCGAAAAUCCGCAAGGUUAGAAAUUCUGGAUUCAAGAGUAGGGAUCAAAGUCCUAAGAGGAGAGAGGAUCCGCCUUUCGACAUUUGUUCUUCAGUCCUCGAUACAAGCAUAAACGAUUGGGCUUUGGCGGAUGAAACAAACGGGGAAACUGUUGAAGUUAGUAAUAAACACAGAGUUCUAAGGCCUGGAAUGGUGCUUCUUAAAGGCUUCCUUUCACAUGAUAUACAGGUUGACAUUGUGAAAACAUGCCGAGAACUUGGUGUUAAGCCCGCAGGAUUUUACCAACCGGGGUAUAGAGUUGGCUCAAAGCUUCAUCUGCAAAUGAUGUGCCUUGGGAGAAACUGGGAUCCACAGACCAAGUACGGUGAAAACACUGACAUAGAUAGUAAAGCAGCCGACAUCCCUGUUGCAUUUAGUGUCUUGGUAGAAGAGGCGAUCCGGGAAGCACAUGCUCUCAUCGACAGAGAAUCAGGAACAGAAGAUGCGGAGAGGAUACUUCCAGUGAUGUCACCAGACAUUUGCAUAGUCAACUUCUACUCAGAAACUGGAAGACUUGGUCUCCAUCAGGACCGAGACGAAAGCCAAGAGAGUAUAGUAAAAGGGUUGCCGAUAGUCUCCUUCUCGGUAGGUGACUCUGCAGAGUUCUUGUACGGCGAGAAGAGAGACGUAGAAGAAGCACAAGGAGUCCAUGGGGUCAAGUCCAUCAUACCAAACUCAGCUCCCAUGUCUCUACUCAAUGAGUCCAAUCUCCGAACCGGACGUCUCAACCUUACGUUUAGGCAUUUCUAAUCUUAUUUCACCUCUCUCUCUCUCUCUCUCUCUCUUUUAUUCAAAUACAAAACGAUUUGUCUUAAAAUACUACUAAAAAGCUAGUUAAAUUUUUAAUUAUAGAAAGAAAUGACUUAAAUUUUGAAA